AUGAGUUGUUGCAACUGGGGAAAAUCUUUGCCAGGAGAUCGAUUUGACUGUGCUCCCUACAUACCCUCCGCAGGUCGAGAAGACGCCGUGUUGAGCUACGAAACUGUCGUGCAAAUGGAAGUUCAUUAUGCCCGUCCGAUCAUUAUCUUGGGGCCCACCAAGGACCGAGUCAACGAUGACCUCCUCUCUGAAUUUCCAGACAAAUUUGGAUCUUGCGUCCCACAUACCACGCGGCCGAAACGGGAGUACGAAGUGGAUGGCCGAGAUUACCACUUUGUGGCUUCACGGGAGAAGAUGGAGAAGGACAUUCAAAGCCACAAAUUCAUCGAGGCCGGACAGUACAACAGUCACCUUUACGGGACAAGUGUCCAAUCCGUACGGGAGGUGGCCGAGCAGGGCAAGCACUGCAUUUUGGACGUAUCCGCCAACGCCGUCCGGAGGCUUCAAGCCGCUCAGCUUCAUCCCAUCGCCAUUUUCAUCCGACCCCGCUCCCUCGAGAAUGUUUUAGAAAUUAACAAGCGGAUAACGGAGGAGCAAGCGCGGAAGGCCUUCGACAGAGCUACCAAGCUGGAGCAGGAGUUUACAGAAUGCUUUUCAGCCAUCGUAGAAGGAGAGAGCUUCGAAGAGGUUUACCACAAGAUCAAGAGAAUCGUCGAGGAACUCUCGGGUCCUUAUAUCUGGAUUCCGGCUCGCGAAAGACUUUAG